AUGGAGUCGGCGGUUAUCCUCAUUGCCCGUCUGGUUCAUCGCGGUCGCAUUGCCGCCUUUGUCCUCCGCUCUGAGCUGCCGAGAGAGCGACAGAUCCAACUGGUGCGCUUGACAGCGUGCGGAGCAGCAAUUGUUACCUUCUCGUGCUUGAUAUCGCUUGGCAUUGCUGUCUCCUUUGUCUCGAUGGAGCCUGUCUUUGGCCGCAACUCGCCGUGGGAGGUUACGCUCAAGCUUGUGGGGCCUGUCUUGUCUUUUCCGGCCAUUGUGUUCUGCGAUUGCCUCGUGGCUGUGCCGUGGCUUGUUUCGACAGUCCUCCGCCAUGACAUCUCACUGCUGACUUACCAGGUGGAUAAGACGCGCGCUGCACUUACUGCCCGCGACCACGACGCGCUGUCGGCUGCGCUCACCAACGUGCACUCGCGCCUCAGGCUGACGCGGAUGCGCAUGUACCAGGCCUCUUCUGAGAUCAUGGUGGCUUGGACGGUGCCCCUGGCGGGCUUUACGCUCGUUGUCGCCACUCUGUAUGUCGCACUGGGCAUUGACCUUGUCAACUCGGAGGACGAGCUGGCCUCAGUUCCGUUCGUCACUUGGGCGCUGCUCGGCUACACCGUCUACGUCCACUUUUGCCUGCUCUUGAUCGUCUAUCUCAUCUCGCGAGUGGCGUCGAAGCGUUACAGCAACGAGAUGGCCAUGCAGCAGCUCGCGCUCGACAUUGCUAUCUUCAAUACUACCGGUGAUCCGCGACUCUCGGCACAAUGCUCGGUCCUCUUGCACGCCGCCGAGUCGCUGAGGAGCUUUUUCGGCAUUACCGUUGGCUCGCUAGUUGUGUCUCGUCGCCACCUCGGCUCAAUGGUCUACACCUCGUUGCUGGCGGGCUUCACGCUCGUGCAACUUUUACUCAACAACCGCUCCUGA